AUGGGUGCACCGAGUCCGUUAAGCUUGCUGGGGCCGGCAGAGUUUGCCCAUGGUUGGAUGUUCAUCGGGUUUCUGAUAAAUGCCUUCCUCCUCGGGUUGAUGACGGCUCAGGUGUAUAUCUACUACUCGACGUACAAACGAGAUCGGCCAUGGAUCAAGACCUUCGUGGCAGUCCUCUAUGCUGCCGAUAUCUUCAACACUGUCGUCAUCUUCGCCUAUCUUUAUCGCUCUCUCAUUACUUUCUUUGGGGACGAGCCAAAUUUAGGAAAGUCUGAUUGGCUAUUCGCCGCCGAACCUGCUAGUACUGGAGUUAUCGCGAUGAUGGUCCAGCUUUUCUUCGCUUGGCGCGCAUAUUUGUUAACGAAAUCGCUCAUCAACGGCUGCACCAUUGCUGCGUUGGCGAUCACUGGAGGAGUGUCGUCGAUUGUUACCGGAGUCGAGGUGGGUCGCAGCGCGACCUUCGUCGAAUUCGACGCGUUUAGACACACUGUGAUCCUCUGGCUUGUGGCAUCCGUCGUUUGCGACAUCGGUAUUACCCUCACUCUUGUCAUUUUCUUCAUUCUUUCCAGACAAAAACAUAAGACUGGGUUCCAACGGUCCGAUUUGAUGAUCGACCGGAUUAUCCGGGUUGUCGUUCAAACUGGGCUAUUAACAAUGGUGGUGGCCACCGUUGACCUCAUAGUGUACCUCGUAGACCCCUCUGGAACACACCUGAUGAUCAACUAUCCCCUCGCGAAACUGUAUUCCAACUCGCUCAUGAGCAGCUUGAACUCGAGGAAAGGAUGGAAGUUCGGCGAUACGACGAACACAGAAUCCGAGCAAGUCAUCACUGGCGGAAAUCUCAAGCACCGCAACAUUCAAAUAUCGACCAUGAAGGCAAGUGCAAUGCCUUGGAUAAGCAACUUACCGACCAGAGAUAUCGAUGCUCGAACCACUCAUCCGGAGGUUUUUGUGCACGUCGAGUCUCACGAACUACGCGACGUCAAGACAACCAAAGAUCUCACCUACAUGGAUGCGAAAGCGUCCACGCUGGGGUCGGAGUAG